AUGCCUCCCAAGCGUCUUCGCAGUGCCUCCGCCACCGCCGCGCGCUCAGCCGCCUCCUCUUCCGCCGCCGCCGCCGCUGCCGUUCCUGCCUCCUUUGCCGCUGCUGCUGCCGCCGAACCCGGUGGGGCGCCCUCGGCCCACGAUGAAUUCGUCCUCCGUCCCGUCUCGCUCACGCCAUGGCUCGACUCCAGAGGCAGGUCCAAGCGCAGGUGGAAGCAGGCCGCUGCGUUUAUUCCUACCUUAGGGGGCCAUGGUCUGUCUUUUGACGCCUUGCUUUGUCACUUGACCGUUUCCCAGCGGGCAGCCAAGUCGGUGGUGUCGGUGGCGUCCAACCAGAUGUCGCCCCAAGUCCCUCGGGACCGCGAGGAGCAGUCUGCUGCGGAUCGAGACGCCCGCGAAGCGUACUUCCUCGAUCAGCCUCGUCGGGCAUCUGCCUUUGCCCGUUCCGUUCGUGUUCCUCCCCUGCCUGCCCGUAUGGCCACAGAGGACUUCUGGGCAGCCGGUCCUGUGCUGUUCUGGUCGUGGGUCUCGCAGUGGUAUGCCGGCCUGCCCGAUGAGCUGGAUCUGGGUCUCCCAGCACCCAUCUCUGGAAACUCGCCAGCCGCCGUUGAUCGAGUGAUGGAGGCCCUUUACCUGUGUGGGAUGGCUGAUGUCGACCUCGCCAAUCUUGGCCAUCGCGGGUUUCAUGUGUCGUUCUGGUCGUCCUUGAAGGAGGCAGCCCUCGCUGCCGCAGCGUCUCCCACCCACUCGCUGCUGGCCCUGUCAGCCGACUGCCUGCGUGAGGCUGCAAACCGCCCAAUCGCCCGGCCGCCCGACCGCCCCACUACUUCCAGGACCGGCCCCCAACCUCUGGCCCGGCCCGCAGCGAUCGUCGUGGGCGUCAGACCGGUCUCAGUCGCGCCAGCCGACAGCCUAGCCAUCCCGGACAUGGUCCCUUAUCGACACGCACCCACACUGCGGUCCCGUGCUGACGCGCCACAAGUCGAAGAAGCCGGUCGGGGUCCUGCGGCUCCUCUUGGUCUUGUCUCGGAAGCCCCAGUUCUUGCGCCCCUAGCCCUCUCGCCCCCUGUCGCCACGCCCGGUCCUGUCCUGGCUCCUCCUCCUGUCCUUGGCAAGUCAUGGCCCGUCGCCGCAGACCGCGCAUCGAAGCGCAGCAGUGCGGCUCCUCCUGGCUUGUCGCCUCGGCCGGUCGUCUGCUACGGCUCACAGGAGCCGGGUCCAGCGUGCUGGUCCCCGCACUCGAACUGCUCACACUGCUCGGGACAGGUCCGCCCAGCCUCGGCUUCGCGAUUGGCCUGGUUCCGUACCCUGGUGGUUCUGCAGCAUGUGCCACUGUGCACCCAAGGAGAGCUUGUGGGUCUGCGUGACACCCUCCGCGCCUUAGCCAUUGAUCUCGCAGCUGGAAGCAGGAUGUCUGCACCCAUCAUUGCCCUGGCCCUUGGCGACGCUCCGUUGGCUGCGGAAAGCGCGCGGCCACACGGCUCUCACAUCGACACCAUCGUCGACACCAUCGUCGACACCAUCGAUGACGGUGUCGACGACGACGACGACGACACUCCAGUCUCCUACCCGAUGGCUUCUGCAGUCCCAGAGCUUCCCCAGCCAACCACCACCUCAGUGGUCCCCUGGGUGCACUUUCGUCGCAUCGUUGGUCCCGAUGUCCCAUCUCCCCAGCCUCGGACCAUCAAUGGCCAUAACCACGUCAUCCAGUCUUCUGACGAUGUGGUGGCACUCCCUGGUUCUCGGGUGCUGCAGAAUGGUGUUCUGUCCAUUGUGCCUGAGAAGUAUGCCUUGCUGGGUGGGGUGUUUGCCUGUGGUUGCUGCCAAGAGGACGACAUACCCUGUCUCAUCCCUCUGGCCAUGCUUGGGGCUCAGUCGCACACCCGCCGCAACUGCCGAGCCUGCACCUCCUCACCCACCAGGUUGUGUUCCCUCAAUAUCAGGCGUGACUAUGCAGCACACCGAGGACACUACCUGGUUGUCCUCGUCUGUGCACUGGCUGCAUGGCUAAUCGAGGAUGCAUCGCACCCUGGGUCUGCCAUCGGCAGUGCUUGGCUGGGCUCGCUGGAGGCUGUGGUGCUGGGCCGAUGGUCAUCGAUGGGCGACUUCCCAAUCUGCCCACCAGGCGAGUCACCAGCAGCAAUCAGGCUGCGCGAUGCUGCCGCCACCUGGGCCGCGCACCCAUGGCUUGUCGGGUCCAACGACGUCGCCCGUUUGUCCUUCCCUUGCAUCACUACCGUCGACCAGGUACGAGACGCGCCGAGGGUGUGCGCGCGCCUGCCUUCAGGUGAGGGCGAGACAUCGGACAUGGCCGAAUGA